AUGCUUCCCCAGACUAUCGGUGGUACAUUUUCUGGUGAGGCUACACACUACAGUGUAAGCGUUGGCUAUACAGCAUGUGGAACUCUUCAUGGUGAUCACGAAAUGUUAGCUGCGUUAAAUGCUGCCCAAUUUGACCCCCACACACCAUCUGGCAAUCCAAAUAAAAACACUCUAUGUCAACGACAAGCUCAAGUUACUGGACCUCAAGGUAACGUUGUGGUCAGAAUCGUUGACAAAUGUCCGGGAUGUCGUUACGGCGAUCUCGAUUUAUCCGAAGCUGCUUUUAGACAAGCUGUUGGUCCUCUCGGUAUUGGCCGAGCAAAAAUCAGCUGGAAGUGGGUUUAA